AUGGGAAAACAAGAGUUACAACUGGCUGUAAUUCUCCAAGAAAUUCAACCUAUGCUUGAGGAUGCAGAGAGGAGGCAAGUAAAUGAGGUCUUUGUCAGAAACUGGUUGCACGACCUCAAAGAAGCGAGCUUCGAUUUGGAGGACGUGUUGGAUGAGCGGGACACCGCCAUUCUCAAAAUCAAGAUUCAGAAACUGGAAUUUGGAGUUUCAGAAAAGGUACGCUUCUGCAGAUUCAAUUCUUUUCUCUGUUUCAGUCAAGUCAGUCGAGUCGGUCAACGCCGUCAUAUUGACCGUAGGAUGAAAGAUGUGAGGGAGAGAUUGAGUGUUAUUGCCUUCACUAGUACGAUUUAA